UAUGUCUCAGGAGCAAAGACCCAGAAGGACUGAAGAAGUCUCUCCAUCUGCACAACUGGGCUCCAAGGAAAAGGACGCUAUGACACUAAGCUUAACAGCUCUCUUCUUUCUGGGAAUGAGUGUGAGCUCAAGGACCCAAGUGCAGGCAGAGAAUGUCUCCAAACCCAAUAUCUGGGCUGAACCAGGAUCUGUUAUCCCUUUGGGAACCCAUGUGAAUAUAUGGUGUCAGGGAAUCCAGAAUACGAAAGUGUUCCAUCUACAUAAAACGGAAAAAUCAGAAUCCAGACACAAACAGAGCCUGAUUAAGUUUGGGGACAAGGCCAAUUUCUCCAUACCACAUAUGACAAAUAAACAUACAGGGGAAUAUUUCUGUCACUAUCUCACAAAGGCUAAUACAUGGUCAGAGAAUAGUGACACUCUGAAUCUGGUGGUAACAGGAUCCUAUGAUAAACCCUACCUCUCAGCCUGGCCAAGUCCUGUUGUGACCUCUGGAGAAAAUGUGACCCUUCAAUGUCAUUCAGGGCAGAAUUUUGACAGGUUCAUUCUAAUAAAGGAAGGAGAAGUCAAGUUCUCCAGGAACCUGGAAUCACAGUCCCACUCUAACAAGCAUCACCAAGCCUUGUUUCCUGUAGGCCCUGUGACCCUCUGCCACAAGUGGACUUUCAGAUGCUAUGGCUAUUACAGGAAGAAACCCUCAGUGUGGUCAUAUCCCAGUGAUCCCCUGGAGCUCCUGGUCUCAGGAGCAACUGGCAUCAUGAACCCAUCACAGAUCAAGCCACACUGCAGUAAUUCUUCACAUCUACAAGACUACAGAGUGGAGAAUAUUAUCCGGCUAAAUAUGGCUGGCUUGAUACUACUGGUUCUCGGGAUUCUUCUAUUGGAAGCUUAUCACAGUCAGACAAAGAUCAAAAGACAGCCAGGACUCAGAUUCAGAGGAAACAUAAGCCCUUAA